CGUAUAUAAUAGGUAGCACGAGAACUCGUAUCGAGCGAAUUGUUUCGCUGAUACCGAACGUUAUCACAUCUCGUAUAAUAGAUAGUAUUAUAAUCAAACCACUCACAUCUCCACAGAUUCCUGCUGCAAAGUUUCAAAGUAUAGGAGUAGACAGCGAGGACCGAAAGAGUCGGCGGUGGCGCGGGCGAAGGGAUAAACUCGCACGGUACGACAUGAGAGGACCGGUGCUGGCCGAACUGUUGCUGGUGGGCAUCGCCGUCGGGUUCCAGCGGGGUCCGCACCACCCCAGGGCCGCUGUGUCUGGCGAACUGAGAAUCGAGAGCAACCACCACCGCGAGCACAAGCACCCCAAGCCCAUGGGCGACACAAAAUUCACCCAAGACAAACCGAUACUGCACGACAAGAGGCAUAUUGAAGAGGAUCUUGGACUUCCAGAUAUAGACGAUAGUAAUUUAACAGAUGAAGAAUUAGAAUUUAGAUAUUUCAUUGCUCAUGACUAUGAUAAAAACACAAUGCUUGAUGGAUUAGAAUUAAUGUCAGCAUUUGCUCAUAAUAUGGAAAACUAUGGUGAUACGGAAACAAAGAUAUCAAAUUUAGAAAAUUACACAGAUUUAGUUGAUCAAAUACUGUAUGAUGAUGAUACAAACUAUGAUGGAUUUCUCAGCUACACUGAAUAUGUAAUUGCCAAGAACAAGCAUUUACAAAAUAUAUAAAAUAUUAAAUAACUUUUUUCAAAAUGCAUUGUUUAUUAUAAAUUAAGUAUUAUUUCAA